AUGGAAGGAGAGGCUGAGAAAGGAUGUGGAUGCGCAGUGACAAAGAUCUACGAUCCAAACGACAUGACGGCGCCACCCAAAUCCUACGCUUUCGAUCGAAGCUGGUGGAGCUGUGAUGGCUCCAUGGAGGAUCCAGAUCGGCCGGGCUUCAGAAUACCUGAUGGCCCGAACUCCAAAUACGUGGAUCAGGACAUGGUGUGGAAUGACAUUGGUAAGCUAGUCAUGAAGAAUGCACUUCGCGGCUACAAUUGCACGGUGUUUGCUUAUGGACAGUCCGGCUGCGGCAAGUCGUAUUCGGUGGUGGGUGAUCCACCCAACGUCGGGAUUAUUCCGCGGACAGUCACGGCAGUGUUCGAGGUUGUCGAUGGGAACACGGAUCCCGAUGUCAGAUACAAUGUUGAGAUUGCCAUGCUGGAAGUGUACAUGGACGAGGUCUAUGAUCUCCUAGAGCCGCGGAAGAAAGAUCGGCAAAAGUUGAACGUCUUCAACAACAAGGGUGAGGUCUUCAUAUAUGACCCGAAAGACCGCAAGAACAUGGACAAGAUCUGGAGAGCAUGCAGCAAUCAUGACAAGGCCGAAUCAUUUCGGAAGAUGGGCGAUGCCAAUCGGUCAAUUCGUGCUACGGGCAUGAAUCCCGAAUCAUCCCGUGGCCACACGCUUUUCAUCGUCCGAUUCCGAAAGGAGGUCAAACGAGGCGGUUGGGUGGAAGAGUUCCGGUCGAAGCUGUGCUUGGUGGACUUGGCCGGCAGCGAGAGGGCUCAUGACACAGGAUUGACCGGCGUAGGCCUGGAGGAGGGUAUUGCUAUCAAUCAAUCCUUGUCAGCUCUUGGACAAUGCUUGGUGCAGUUGUGCAAGGGGGAGCGGGUCAACCACACGGACAAGCUCACUAGGCUCUUGUCCGAAAGCUUGGGCGGCAAUGCUGUGACGGUGAUGAUUGCAGCCUUGUCUCCAGCUGACAUCAACUACAACGACACAGUGUCGACGCUUCGGUUCGCGGAUAAUGCAAAGAAGAUGCCAGUCAAGGUCAAGAAGCAGCUGGAUCCAACUGCCGAGCUCAUCAAGCAACUGCAGGAGGAGAAUGCUAAGCUUCAGGCACAGCUUACAUCGAUGGGAAGCGAGGAGAUUGAAAAGGAGCGCCGCGAGUGGGAAGAGAAGCUCGCGGCAGCAGACCAGAAGGUGGCAGAUUCGCAGAAGGCACUGGAAGAGAUGAAGGCCAAUGCAGAGUCUGACGUGCGAGUCCGCCUUGCUCGGGCCAAGACGGGCGCGGUGGAUGUCGCCCUUACAGUGGAAGAGCUCGAGGCAAAAGUGCAAGAGCUCGAGUCGCAAAAGGGUGACAGCGAUUCCAAGCUGGAGGAGCUCAAUGCAGAGAUCGACCGCCUACAGGCACGCAUACAAGAAAUGGGUGGACCUGAGGCAGCCACGGACGAGCAGGGGGAGCUGGUGGAACUGCUCAAGUCACGUACGACCAAUGAGGCCCACAACACCGAAAUCUCCGAGCAGCAGAAGGACACCCUGGCCAUGUUGAUGGAGGCCCGGCUGGGCGAGAUCGAGCGAUUGCAGGAGGCACGAGACGCAGUGCGCCUCGAGAUGCUGCAGGUAAAGAAGAAUGGAGGCACAGAUGUGGGACCCCAGGAAGAGUGCAUCAACAAGCUAGAGGAGCAACUCGCAGCCGCGAGGGCUGACUGUGAAAAAAUGUCCGAGAAGGCUGCCGAAGUUGGUAUGGGCAAGAUCUUCCGUGCCGCCAUACUGGCCCUACACCGGCAGGACGAGGAUUCGAUGGUCUCUUUCCUGCAGGACCAGUUGAAUAUUCUGCAAGCGACUUCAGCAGCAGAUGCUGCGGAGGUGAAGCGGCUCGAAGCUGAAAGCGUGGAUGCAUUGCAGAAGGCGCAGCAGGCUGCCGAUGAGGCAAAGGCUGCUGCCGAAGAUGCCUUGCAGGAAAAGAUGGAACACGUCCAGGCCAUCGCAGCUGAGCGUGAUGCUGCGCAGAGCGAAGCCCGGCGACUCACCGAACAGAUGGGCAGCUCCAAGGAAGAUCUCAUGGAGAAGCAGGAAGCAAUCGCUGCCAUCAUUCGAUCCGAGAUGCAAUCCUGGGAAGACAAGCUCCAAAAAGCAGACGAGUCCGAGAGGGUGUUGAAGAAGUCCUUCGAGGACAUGGGCGUGAGCAUGCAGGAUAUGAUGGCAAUGAUUACGAAAGGCGGUGGAUUUGGUGGUAAAGACAUUUGCCAUUUCGUCAACCUGUGUGAAGAUGCGCAUGAUGAUGGCUUAAUCUACCUCAUCCCAGAAGGCACCACGAAGGUCAAGAAAUAUGAAGAUGAUGAUGAGGAAGUGUGCAUCAAGUUGGAUGGCGACAGCAUACGCCCAGUGCAUGCUGUUCUUGAGUCUCUACAAUCCACGGGAGUUACGAUCAGAUCCGCCGCUGAUGAUGCAGUCCUUUGGGUCAAUGGCCAAGCGGUCGAAUUCGGCGCGGGUAGUGUGCGAUUGGAGCACGGUGCCCGCGUCAUUUUCGGCAGUGACUUCGUAUUUAGGUUCGUGGACCCAAAAGGGAAAAAGGCCAAGAAGGUGUCUGCUGCGGCAACCGGCGGCUUUGAUGAUAAGGGCGUGAUUGACUGGCACUACGCUAUGGCUGAGCUGUCUCGCAAGAAUGGGGUGGAUGCCGAAGAAGAGAUCCGCAAAGCAAGAGAGAAGUUCAAUGAUGAGAUGGCAGAAAAAGAGGCGAAACUGGCCGAGGAGCAGAAGAUGCUUGAGGACAAGAUGGAACUGGAACGAUCACAAUACGAAAAGCAGAUCGAAGAGCUAAAAAAGGGGGCAAGAGCAUCGGAUCCGGAGAAGCUUAAGGAGGAGCAACUACAAACACAGCUGACGCUUCAGAAGUUCAAAAGCAAGCUGGACAUGCAGCGAUCCCGAGCCCAGUGGGUUCGCGCUGCCUUCACUGCUGGCAAGGAUUCCCGAUUUGAGCUGGACAUUCGCUUUUCACGGCAACAGAUGGCGGAGCUCCAACCUCGACUGGUGGAGGCAAACCGGAUUGCGGCGAGUCUCGGCGUGCAGUAUGCCUUCCAUUUCAUUGAUGCCAUCGACCCGAGGGCACGGAGGCAAGACGCCAACGUGGAGGAGAAGAUGGUUGAGGAUUCCAAGCGACUGCUGCUUCAAGUUAAGGUUGAGAAUUCCAAGAACCAGAAGCUCCAGCUGUGGUCCUUGCAGAAGUUUCGUGAUCGUUUUGUGAAGAUGUUGGCGUAUGCGAACAAACAGCCUGCUCAACGGGCAGCUGACGAGGAGACUGCCAUCUUCUGGGAUGACUUCGAGCACGCCCUCGUUGGCACUGCAGCCAUUGGAGUCACACCUCUCCUGAAGAUGGACAUGGUGAGGGAAUUGGUUACACUGCGGGACUUCUCAGGCAACAUCACAGGUGCCGUGGAGGUCACCAUGCAGAUGUUCAUGAGCAAUAAGCCUUCUUUGGCGCGGAUCAGCACAUCGGCCGGCAAUCCGCUUGAGAUCUUGAAAGACAAGGAAGUCACAGGUGUUGUCACCUUUGGGCGGCUAACCUACGAGAAUGCAGCUUCGAGCAAUUGGUCCAGCUUCUUCGUCCGCUUCUCUUGGUUUGACACAGACGGUCGAAUGGACAACUUCUCUCCGAACGCGCUUGCAGAGGAUUUGAAGUAUACCUUUGAGUUCAAGCAGAUCUGCAGUGAGGGCUUCCUGAAGUUCUUGGAAAGCGGCGUGAUGGCCAUCCAGGUGCGUGCCUACGAGAAGGGCGUCGCUGCUGGAGAGUUGGAGCUGGUGAAGCAGAAGCUGAAAGCCACACAGGAUGAAUUGAAGCGACUAAAGGAUCUCAUGGCAGAGGAGCGAGCAGUCUUUGAGGAGGAGCUCGAGGCAAGAGUGGAAGCAGCCAAAGCCGAGGAACGGGCGCGGUGCGAUGCGGAAACUGAGGAGAGACUUGCGCAAGUGAGGGCAACAAAGGAGGAGUCUGCUCCGGCUCCAGAGCAUGGCGAGGAAGCGAAGCAGCCUCCACCGCCACCACAGCCAUUGCAGCCCCAGCCAGCACAGCCACCUGCGCCGGCGCAGCCGGCGCCACCCAAGGAGGUGGACAAGCAGCCGCAGCCAGCGCAGCCGCGACCACCCUUGCAGCCGCUGCCACCGAAGGAGGUGAAGUCGGACGAGCCUUGGCUAGACGUUCGUGGCGGGUCACUGGAAGAGGUUAAGGCUGAGCUUGUCAAAGCACGCGGGCAAGUCUUCAAGAUUCUGCAAGACAAGGAGCAACUGCAGCACAAACUAACCCGAAUCGAGGGCCGGCAUGCUAACCUUCCGGGUCACAUCGACGAGGUUGAUCCCUCCGAGGUGAGACACGCGGACUUGGAGCAGGCACACCAACACAUCCUGUAUUUGGAGAUGAAGGUGAAGGCAGGGGAAGAAUUGGAAAAGAAGAACGAGGAGUUGGAGGGGCGGCUCAGGGAUGCGCAGAUGUCGGCAAAGCAGAGCAAUGAUCAGAAGCCGGCGGUUUGCGAAGUGAUGUGA